AUGGCGGCUUAUAAACUCCUCUGCAGGCUGAGCCCCGGCAUCUCCCCUCCCGCCGCUCGGGGGGCCCGCAGGGGGAGCGCCCCGGCGCUGCUGGCAGCCCAAGCCAAGAUUUGUGGCUGCUAUUUCUCUACCAGCAGUCACCGCAACACCAAAUUCUAUACUGAUGCUGUGGAAGCAGUAAAAGACAUACCUGAUGGGGCAACUGUACUUGUUGGUGGUUUUGGAUUGUGUGGAAUUCCAGAGAACCUCAUAGGAGGCUUACUGAAGACUGGAGUAAAAGGGCUAACUGCAGUCAGUAACAAUGCAGGUGUUGACAAUUUUGGACUUGGUCUUUUGCUUCAAACUAAGCAGAUAAAACGGAUGGUAUCAUCCUACGUUGGAGAAAAUGCAGAAUUUGAACGACAGUACUUAUCUGGAGAAUUGGAAGUUGAGCUUACACCUCAGGGUACGCUUGCUGAGCGAGUCCGUGCAGGAGGGGCAGGCAUUCCAGCAUUUUUCACAAGCACAGGCUAUGGAACGUUGGUACAAGAAGGAGGAGCGCCUAUCAAAUACAACAAAGAUGGCAGCAUUGCCAUUGCCAGUCAGCCAAGAGAGGUGAGGGAGUUUGAUGGUCGUCACUAUAUUAUGGAGAAGUCAAUUACAGGUGAUUUUGCACUUGUGAAGGCAUGGAAGGCUGAUCGUGCAGGAAACGUUAUCUUCAGGAAAACUGCAAGAAACUUCAAUCAACCUAUGUGCAAAGCUGCCAAAACAACUGUGGUGGAGGUGGAAGAAAUUGUUGAUAUAGGAUCAUUUGCCCCGGAAGAUAUUCACAUUCCAAAGAUCUAUGUCCAUCGUCUCAUAAAGGGAGAGAAAUAUGAAAAGAGAAUUGAACGAUUAUCCAUCCGAAAGCCUGAAGACUCAAAAGCCAAACAAAAGAAGGAAGGAGAUAAUGUGAGAGAGAGGAUCAUCAGACGAGCAGCUUUAGAGUUUGAAGACGGCAUGUAUGCUAAUCUGGGCAUAGGAAUUCCACUGUUGGCCAGCAACUUCAUCAGUCCAGACAUUUCAGUUCACCUGCAGAGUGAAAAUGGAGUCCUGGGCUUGGGUCCUUAUCCACUUGAAAACGAGGUAGAUCCAGACCUGAUUAAUGCAGGUAAAGAGACAGUCACCGUUCUUCCAGGUUCCUCCUAUUUCUCUAGUGAUGAAUCAUUUGCAAUGAUUAGAGGAGGUCAUGUCGAUUUGACAAUGCUUGGAGCAAUGCAGGUGUCUAAGUAUGGUGAUCUGGCCAACUGGAUGAUACCUGGUAAGAUGGUGAAAGGAAUGGGUGGUGCUAUGGACUUGGUGUCUAGUGCACAAACCAAAGUGGUCGUCACCAUGGAGCACUCUGCCAAGGGCAACGUCCACAAAAUUAUGGAAAAAUGUAAUUUGCCACUUACUGGGAAACAAUGUGUAAAUCGUAUCAUUACAGAGAAGGCUGUGUUUGAUGUGGACAAGAAAAAAGGACUGACCUUGAUUGAAAUCUGGGAAGGACUGUCAGUGGAUGAAAUCAAGAAAAGCACUGGCUGUGACUUUACAGUUUCACCAAAUCUCAUACCGAUGAGGCAGAUUUCAACCUGA